UCCUGUCAAACGAAAUUUGUUUGUCAUCGUGCCGCUUCUUGUAAUCCUAAAAAUUCAACAAAAUCCUGUGAUUUUACUGCAAAUCCUACAAGAAAAAUGGAAACAAUCUUAGGAAUCAAAGGCAAGGACUUUGUCAUGGUAGCUGCCGAUUGCUCUCACGGACACUCCAUCAUGGUCUUGAAAGAUGACGAAUCAAAAAUCCACCAAAUUUCCGACAAACUUGUGAUGGCAACAAUUGGCGAGUCGGGUGACACCGUUCAAUUCACGGAAUACAUUUCGAAGAACAUCCUGCUGUAUCGCAUGCGAAAUGGCUACGAGCUGACCCCGAAAGCCGCUGCUCAUUUUACGCGUAAAAAUUUGGCUGAAUACCUUCGUACUCGUACUCCGUAUCACGUCAAUCUCUUCGUCGCUGGUUUUGACGAAAAGGAAGGCUCAGAGCUGCAUUACAUCGAUUACUUGGCAAAUGCUAAAUCGGUGCGAUAUGCCGGUCAGGGGUACGGAGGCAUGUUCACGAACAGUAUCUUCGAUCGGUAUUACCACGAUAAUGUCACGCAAGAAGAGGCUUACGACAUCUUCAAAAAAUGCGUCAAGGAGAUCCAGAAAAGGCUCAUUAUUAAUUUGCCGAAUUUCAAGGUGACAGUUGUCGAUAAAAAUGGAGUGAAGGACUUGCCAAUGAUCACGGCUCGCGAUUUGGAUAGCUACGAUGCUUCGUCAUAAGUUUUUUUUUGUAUAAUUUUGGUCUGUCUCACAGAGAUGGAAGUUAAUAUUUGAUUAAUAAACUUUUCUUAAAAUUA